AUGCGCAUCCGGGUAAAAACAACUUCAUGUGGGGUCUGUUUAGUUGUUUCUACGUUAUUGAUCUACAAUCUCGUUCAAAUUGACAAUUCAGAAGAAAGGGAAGAAAAAGAGCAAGGUAAGUUGUAAGUAAAUUUUCCAUGGGGAGAUUUCCAUGCCUCUAUUUUUAGUUUUACGGCGAUUGUGAAUAAUAUUGAAUUUUUUGAAUAUAGGCAGAAUGAAAUUUUUCGAUUUUACAUAAUGAAGUUUAAUUUUUUGCGAUUUAUGGGCGAGAUCGGUAUGAAAUUCAUUUUCAAGGCAUGUAAAAUUAUAAUUUUUGUUUUACCAUUUUAAAUUUUAUUUUCUAAAAGAUUUGAAAACAAGGGGCACACUUGACCCAAAAGAGUUGAAGUUGAAAAGGAAGAGUUGACCGAAAGAAGCAAGACCUGACUCAGAAAAAAAUGAAUUUUCGUCCAUGAAAACCUAAUUUAUUUCUAUUUCAAUCGAUUUCAGAAUACGCUUUUCAACUACGAAAUACGACCACCAAAUAUGGGAGUUGCCAAUUGCCCGUGCUCGACCCUUGGCAUCCCUCCGGAAAACCGUAUUUAACCCCCGAAUUAAACCCGCUGAAGAACUGCAAACCAGUUUUUGUACUCCGGAGUUCACUUGACAAUGGGAUUCUGAAGAUAAACUCGAGUUCCAAAUUUGGAGAGACUUGCUGGUAUCGGUAAGAAAACCCAAAGAUUUUGAUGUUUUUUGAUAAAAAAUUUUCAGUUGCGUAAAUUUUGAGACUGACAGGGAUUACUCAACCUCUGAUUGGGUCAAAUACGACGACUCGAGUCCAGUUAGAACAACUUGUGAAGUGGUGGAAGUGGAAUGCAGUCAGAGGUUCAAGCCAACUUAUAUGUAUCUUCAUGUUCAAAUAGUGGAAAAGUGAGCGUUUUACUACGUUGUUUUUUGUGUUUAGAAUCCCGGAAUUUUUUGGAACGUCAAAUUUUAUGGUUUUGAUCAAAUGUUUUUUUGGCCUAUUUAGAGUGUAUCUUUGCCAAAUUUGACAAGAACUGAGUACAAUAUUUUUUAAAACUUUUCCGUCUGGAUUGUUUUUUGGUUAUUCUUUUCUUAUUUUAAAGACCUCCGCCUUCAACUCCUCCCCCGCCAAACGCCUCCAACGUCUACAUAAUUCUCAUCGAUUCGGUGAGCACCUCACAUUUGAAACGAGCGCUUCCCAAAACCAAGCAAUAUCUGGAAGACAAGUUCCAAGCCACAAUUUUUGAGUAUCUCAACAAAGUUGGCCUAAACAGUAGGCCAGUUUCUUUGGCAUUUCUACUCAACGAGUCGCCCGAGGAUAUGCCAAAAAACCCAUGGGGCGAAGAGCGGAAAAUCGGGAGAUGGAACGAGAUUUGUUACAUGAAAUUGAACAACUUUAGCAACUUUAUUGGAUAUGAAUUUGGAAGGAAGGGAUACAGAACCAUGGCCAUGGACGACUCGGGAUUGGGAAAUUUCAACUCACCGGAUUGCUAUGGUUUUACAAAAGCGCCGAUGGAUCAUUAUAUAAAGUGAGUUGAAAAAUAAUAACUUGCUUGUUUAAAAGUGAUUUUACAAAGUGACUUUACACUGAUUUCUGACAUUCAGAAGUAAUUUUCGAGUGUUUCAGAACGAAAUUUUGAUUUGUCACAUUUUCGUGGUGGGACCUAGAAUUUUUUUUGAUUAAUCGGAAAAGUAGAACAUGUGAAUUUUAUAAACUUGUAUCGAUUUUGAUCUUUAAAAAUGAUUUUUCCUCGCAUCAGACAGAAAAAAUGCUAAAUCAGGGUUUCGCGGUGGGACCGAAAAACAUGAUUUUUCCAGCUUGAUGAGACACUUGAUCAAAACCUUCUUUUCAGACAAUUUGCCAUUCGUCUUGAAGGUCUCUACGGAAUUCCAGCUCCCGUUUUAUAUGACAAUCUUCAUUACUAUCAAUGCAAAGACAGCUAUGAACCUGUUUUUGAAGCCUUUCAAAAAUUCACAAGGAAGUACAGAAAUCAGCCUAAAUUCAGCUACAUUUGGUUCACUCACAUUGCUCACAACAAUCUGAAUAAUUUAUACAGAACCGACGAAAGAAUGCUGGGACAUUUUAAGGAGCUUGAAAAGGAGGUAUGACUUUUCUACAAAUUUUUUUGUUUUUUGAUUCAAAAGUCUUGGAAUUUUCUAUAUUUCUGGAUUUUCACCAUGUUUGGGAAUUUUAAAUUUUUGAUUUUUUACUAAAAUUUUUUCCUUAAAAAAUCGAAAAAUUUGGUUUUUCAGCUUGACGAUUCAUUUGUCAUCUUCCUAGCCGAUCACGGAGCCAGAAAUCACGCAUUUCGUCAGUCUUUUAUCGGAGAAUUCGAAGACCGGAAUCCAUUUUUAAUGAUCUCAAUCCCAAGGAAAUUACGGGAGAAUUCAGAUCUCAAGAAACAAAUAGAACUCAACUCUCAGGAACUGGUCACUCAUUACGAUAUUUAUGCAACCUUGGCGGAGCUGGCAAAUGUAAGUUCAUUUUUGCCGGUAAAAUAUGGUUUUUCAAUUUUUCUUUUUAGGAGAACCACAAAUGGACUAAGUCCACGUCAUUUUCUGCAAGUUCCUACUCUCACCCGUCCAUUGAUCUCAAAGGUUCAUCGCUUUUUCAUCCGCUAAAAUCUCCCAGAGACUGUAAUUCUCUCCUCAUUCCCUUCCAGUACUGUCUAUGUCAGCACAAACAAGUCAAAUUGGAGAACCCCAGCCUCUCCAAAACAGUCGGAAAAAUGAUUGUGGAGGAAAUGAAUAGAGCCCUCAGGGCAUCCGAUUUUUCGGACAAGUGCGAGGAAUUGUCUUUGGAUGAAGAAUACAAGUUCAAAUUGUUACAGUACAUCGGAGGUGGCGGAGAAGUCGCAUGUCAUCUGAAGAUACGGGUCAAACCAAGUGGAGGGCUUUAUGAAACGCAUUUUACAGUCAGUUUUUUGAACUUUUGUUCGAACUUGGAGCAAAAUUUUUUUUUGCUUUUUUUAUCUACACAAAUUUAAUUUGGCGUUUUCCACGCAAGAAAAAUAUUUUACACUAUGAAAAAAGUAAUUUUUCAAAAAAUAAAAAAAAUAUUUUUCAGGAAAAAUCCGGGCAUAUCACGUUGAUCACAACGAAAUUCAUGAGGAUCGACAUGUACAGAGAGCAAGCGUAUUGCCUGCCAAAUCAUCUUCUACAGAAUUAUUGUUACUGCAGCGUUCAAAAAGCCUGGUGGAGAUUUUGGUGA